AUGGGCGCCUGGCAAAGCAAGGCGACGACCUCGCCGCCGGCGGGCUGGUCGAACAUCCCGGCGGAGCUCUUGGACCUCGUGCUACGCCGCCUGCCUUCCCUCGCCGACAGGUUGCGCUUCGCCGCCGUCUGCCGCCACUGGCUCCGCGUCGCGACGCGGUACUCGGCGCCGCACCUGCCUCGGGCGCUCCCGUGGCUCAACUUCCACGACGGCUCCUUCCGAAGCCUGCCCGACGGCGAGCUGCACUCGCUGCCGCACGCGGUGUGCGUCGGCUCCUUCGGCUGCUGGCUGUUGUUCGAGGAAGAACGACCAGGGCGCAGGCGCAGCAGCCCUAGCCGGCGGCACUUCCUGAUGAACCCGCUCCGGAGACGAACCAUCUUGUGGCUCUGUGGCCAUUGCAGGGAGCCUGUGGAUCUCAUCGACGACGAUCCUGCAGCUGCCUACGGUGCGGCGCUGCCAUCGUCCGGCUCCAGAUCGUCCGACUUCGUCAUUGGCAAGGUCAUCGUGUGCUCAGCUGACCUUGUUAUCGCGACCGUUAACUACCGCCGGAGCAGCUCGGACGUGGUUGUAUGCUGCCGGCCAGGCCUGUCUUCGUCGUGGUCGACAGGGAUAUGCCACGGCGUUUUGUACCAUGACAUGGCCUUCUACAAGGGGAAGGUCUAUACCGUCGCUUGGGACGGCGAGCUCUUCGCGCAUGAGAUUACCAAGGAGAGCGACACCGGUGAGCCGAGGGUUGCUCGAGUUGAACGACUGAUCCAGGGGCCACCCACGCCCACGCAGGAUGAUGGAUCUCUGGUGGCGACUCUCGCCGGCAUCAUCACGUGCUUUCUUGUUAUCUCUGCAGCUUCUGACAAGCUGCUGAUGGUACGAUGGAUCAUUCCUUACGAUUACUAUACUUGUAAGGACUCCACAGGACACAUGACGCUCAGAGUGUUCGAGGCAGAUUUUGAGACGUCUCAAUGGCUAGAGGUGAAAAGUUUGGCCGAUCAGGUGCUCUUCGUCAGUUCAAACUCCUCCAGGGCCAUCAGCGUAUCUGCUCCAGGCAGUCAAGCAGGCCACUAUUUGCAAGGGAACAAGAUAUAUUUCGUGGACCACAACGACUGGUAUUGGCGAUUGUGGCGGCCUAGCCGUCCACGUAACUGUGGUGUGUAUGAUAUGAGCAACCAUACAAUCGAGUCUAUUUCACUGGGUGAAACGCACAUCAUCAACCAUCAAGUGGAAGCGUCAUGGUUCUUCCCACAUGGUUAA